CCUGAGCACCGGCCUGGCCGGACCUUUCCGUCGGCGGGUGCCGAGCUGGGAUCGCCGCCAUGAGCAAGAUCUCCAAGUUCUUCAAGGGGGGCGGCUCGGCCGGCUCCAAGGGCCGCAGGGGUCCCUCGCCGCAGGAGGCGCUGGCCCGGCUGCGGGAGACGGAGGAGAUGCUCAGCAAGAAGCAGGAGUACCUGGAGACGCGGAUCGAGCGGGAGCUGGCGCUAGCCCGGCAGCACGGCACCAAGAACAAGCGAGCUGCCUUACAAGCACUGAAGAGAAAAAAGAGGUAUGAGAAACAGUUGAAUCAAAUUGAUGGGACACUUUCGACCAUUGAGUUCCAGAGAGAGGCAUUGGAAAAUUCCCACACCAACACAGAAGUGCUCAAGAAUAUGGGUUAUGCUGCACAAGCUAUGAAAAAAGUACAUGAAAAUAUGGAUUUGAACAAAAUUGAUGAUUUGAUGCAAGAUAUCACUGAACAGCAAGAUGUUGCCCAGGAAAUUUCAGAUGCUAUCUCAAACCGAGGCACCUUUGGUGAUGAGUUUGAUGAGGAUGAGUUGAUGGCAGAAUUAGAAGAACUGGAGCAAGAAGAACUGAACAAGGGAAUGAGAGAUGUCAGGUUGCCAAGUGUUCCGUCCACAUCGCUGCCUUCUCGCCCUGCAUCAACCAGGAAAAGAGCAGAGGAUGAAGAUGAAAUGAAGAAACUGGCUGCCUGGGCUUCAUAAGAGCGUGGUCUUUCUAUAACACCAAACAUUACAGUGCAGAAUGUAAGGAGCUGUACUGCUGUUUUAUAACCACACUAUGGUUGCAUUUCAUACAGGCUGGGGUUUUUUAUGGUACAUCUUGCCGAGACUCGUGUUACUGCUAUAUUACAAAAUUAGCUUAAAAACCAGAAUUAAAUAGUUGCCUAAACCUUCAGGCAUAAUUUUUUUUCGGCCUCGUCAAGAGAUUUGUUUUAUUAUUAGUAUCAGUUUUUAAUAGGCACUAUCUUACCAUAUCUCUUGGUUUGUAAAACCCAUGUGCCUCACUUAUGCUCACAGCUGGAUUCAUUUUUGAAAUGAGAAAGUUAAGUAAAUCAUCAGGGCUCUAUAACUAGAGGGUUUUUUGGUUCAGACUAUUUAAAUAUUAGCAAAACAGCUUAAUACGUGUCCUCACUUGCAAGUUCUUUGAGCCCAAGAACUAAUAACUAUUCAUUUGGACAUGAAGAUUCAAACAGUCUGCCUGGAGCAACUUAGGGUGUCCUAGAUACUAAGAGGAAGCUCUUCUGUAGGCUUAUUGAAGUGGAAUGUGUUAUUUAUUUUGUUUUAACUGGCCUAAAUGUCCCAUGCACUUCUAUAGGUCAACGUGAACUUAUUUUGGACUGUUUCUGACUAGGUUACAGAAUUACAGUGAUCGCAGAAAGGAAAAUUAACAACACAUUUUUAGUUACACAAUUUCAAAAUAGCUUUAAUUUCUGAGCAUCUGGUUCUUUUCUCUUACUCAGUUUGUGAAUGGAAAUAUUACCAGUGUGUUGUAUUUGCAGGGCCUUUUUAAACCCUGGUUGAAAGCUGAUUCUGGCUUACUUGUAAAGUUGGUGUGUUACUGUCCAGCUGACAGUGUUUUAGCCUAAGGAAAAAAUGCCACUCUUAAGUGCUAAGCUACUACAUAUAUGGAGAGAUGGCUGUUCAAAUACAGCCCAAAAAUUAAAUAGGCUGCUUUGUAUUAACAAAGCAUUAAAUAAGUCUUAAACUGUGUGCUAGUAGCCUGCUGUCAAUCACAAGGAAAUCGUAGAACAGUGUGGAGUUCCUAGGGGUGUAGGAAGCAGAGUCCUUCGUCUAGGUUUCUUGCUUUCAAAUUAAUUUAAAUUUAGUGAUGACUGAACCACCUGGGGAAUAGUGGUGGACUUGGUUUUUGUAGAUCUUUAGCAACAGAAGACUGACCCCUUCUCCUGCACGCCUCAAUAACGUUCAGCUUAGUGGAUUUUAGGUUAAGUAUAAGCAAAUACAUGUUUCUAGACAUGGUCUGCUCAGAGCCUUUCAAGUUGAGCCCCAUGGAUGAAGCCCAAGAUGUAUAAACCCUGUGGAGAGAUUGAAUUUUUCAGGACUUUCAUUCUCUGUGGAGGAAUUGCUUUUGGAUUGUAUCUGUAUGAGAGCUGAAUCAAGCCUUGCCACUUCAGAUAAUUUUCUUACUGGAUAAAACAGGUUGUGUUUAUUCUGUCCUAAAAUUCGGAGGUACCAAGAAAAUUGUCCCAUUUCGUUGAGAGUAGAGGAAAUCUGGAAUUACUUAAUUUUUGUUUUAAAUACAAAAUAAAACAAAAAAAAAAAAAACAAAAAAAAAAAAAAAAAAGAAAGACACUGCUGCCUUAAAUUUAAAAAUAAAUUUUGAACUCUCAAGGAGUAGGAAACCAAAUACUAACAAAAUGCUACUUGGUUUUAAUCCUUGCUGAAAUUCAGCAUGAGAUGCUACCUGAAAGCAGGAAUAUUUAGUAAAAUAGCAAAUAUUCAAAGUUAUUGGAAAUCCAUUUGCUAACCCUUCUGGCUUGAAUCCUGUGUUCAAGGUGUGCAGUUUAUGCAGGUCUCUGAAUUGUGUACAGAACAUUUUAGCACACACUGGGGGUGUGACUGUGCAAGGCUGGCAGUGUGCUUGUGGACACUUCUGGCAUUUCUAAAUAUGAGGCCAUGCCAACACAGUCCCAUAGUUAGUUUGGAAAAGCUGGCUCCCAGCCUCUGUUCUUGUUUGAAUUAGUAGUUUAACAAUGCUUAGCUCUUAUGUAGGUAGCACUUGGCAUAUUCAAAGUGCUCUACAACCUAAUGGGUCUCUAAGCUUCCAUUUUGGAACUAAAGUGACUUUCAGUCUGCUUUGGAAAAUGUAGGCCUGCUGUUUUUGAAUAAGAACUUUCCAUGUGAGCACCCCUCAGUGGAGACAAAAUAAUCCUGUAGAGAUCUUCUCUUUUUCAAACCAGCAUUUGACUGCUGACCACCAGCAAUGUUUUGGCCCAUUGCUGAUCCUGAAGAAGCUUCAGGUGUGUUCAGCUUAUUAAUGUUCAGACCAAGCACUUUAAAAACAAAACUUUUGAAAGGUGAAGAAAUGAGACUGAAUAUUCAGAUGAGCUGCUCUGAAAGCUUGUGUAUAGUCCUGAAAGACAGACUCAUGUACCAGUUCACAGGCCAGGCUGUGAGGUUGGUGAAAUUAUACUCAGAAACACUGUAGUGAUGUACAGAAAGGAAAAUGCACCCUGGAUCUCUGUAACUGGAGUGUUUGUUGCCAUAUUUUUUUACACCAGUUUUCUUCAAGGGAAAAGGGUUGUAGGGAUUUAAUUCAGCUGAGGGAGUGGCUCUUUCCUGUGUAAAUUCAGAUAACAGUGGGACAAAUGGCUCUUUCUUACUGAACAUAUGCCUCUCUUCAUGCCAAGAUGGUAUUUGUUUAGUAUGUAAGCAGUUGAGAGUGAGUAGUGUCAAUGUGUUAUUGUAAAUGUACCCUAUUAACUGGAACAUAUUUUACAGGAGGACUGUGCAGCAGAUGGUGUACUAUAACUGACUUCCUUUCUUGUUGCUUAUUUGUUCUGAGAUUGUUUCUUUUCUCCUAACAAGCUUAGAAAUUUUUAACCUGGAUAACUUUAAAAAAGGAGAAAGAUAUUAAUAAAAAGUAAAUAUAAUUCAUGUAUGUAUAUAUAUAUACACACUGUAAAUAAAUAUUUUGGUGUCAUGUUUGUGUUA